UGCUUCCACAUUUUUAUUGCAAAUUAAUAAUGCACACGAAUUGCGAGAAAUUCGUAAGAGUGUGAGUGUGUGUGUGUGUGUGCUUGUGUGUAUUUUGGUGGGCAUGUCAAUUGUGUCUCGGGUAGCAGAUGGACUACGAGCUGAUGCUCAUUAAUGUGUAUUAUGAAUUAACAAAUGUUUUGAUUAACUAAAUUUUGUAGCAGCCAAUUAAUUAAACAACAAAUUUGUGAGUACAAAACUGCAGCAAUUUCUCUUCAGCUGGCUUCGUCGAGCUGCUGCUCCCUGGCUGCUGGCUGCUGGCUGCGUGCUCAUUAAUUAGAACAUGGAACCGACAACGAUGCUGUUGAUGAGAUUGAGAUCGUUAGAGGAGCAGAAGCAAAGACAGCCAGAAAAUACGACGAAGGCGACGACGACGACGAGCGAGAAAUCAAAUCAACAAAACAAAUGGCAACGGCGACAACAACAGCAACAACAACAACAACAUCGAAAGGCACACAGCAAAAAUUGUCAAGAGAUGGACAUUCGAAAAAUAGAAAAUCUCCAACUAAAACCGAAAGAAUUGAAACAUUUUCGGAUAUUUUCAUUUCAGAUGCGAGCAGCAAACGGUUAACAAAGAGCCUUUUAUGUGAGGGACACACGGGCGCACAAUCUUCAUGAAUUAUGGAACAUGUAAACCCAACAAAUACGAGGCAACAGCAACUGCAACUGCAACAGCAACAGCAACAGCAACAGCAACGCCAGCAACAGCAACAGCAGCUGCAGCAGCAUCAACUGGAACAACAGCAACAACACAGCGACAAUCAGCAACAAUUUUGCCUGCGAUGGCAUAAUCAUCAAACCAGCUUGCUGAGCACUCUGCCGGUGCUGCUGGACCAGUCCCAGCUGACGGACGUCACCAUUUCGGCGGAGGGGCGUCUGCUGCGCGCCCAUCGCGUGGUGCUCAGCGCCUGCAGCAGCUUCUUCAUGGAGAUCUUUCGCGCACUGGAGGCCAACAAUCAUCCGGUCAUCAUCAUACCGGGCGCCAGCUUCGGCGCCAUCGUCGCGCUGCUCACGUUCAUGUACUCGGGCGAGGUGAAUGUCUACGAGGAGCAGAUACCCAUGCUGCUCAAUCUGGCCGAGACACUGGGCAUCAAGGGACUGGCCGAUGUGCACAAUAAUAAUCUACCCAAGACAGCGAAAAGCACGCCGAAUGCCUGCAUGGAGCCGGCCGGCGUGGACAAGCCACUGGCGUUCGAUGCCACUCCGACACCAUCGCCUGCGGCCACGCCCACGGCCACACCCAGAGCCACGCCCACGCCCGCAAGUACGCCCACGCUGGGCAUGUCCAAUGCCACGCUGCAGGCGCCGCUGCUGGCCAAUAAGCUGGGCUCGCCCCUGGAGAAUUUCUUCCUGAAGUCGCUGCAGUUCUAUCCGAAUCUCUUGCCGCAGCCCCUGAACUUCUCGCAGACGGCGCUGAACAAGACCACAGAGCUGCUGGCCAAGUACCAGCAGCAGUGCCAGCUCUAUCAAAGCAAUCUCGAGGAGGAGGAGUGCUACGGCCAGGCCAAGCGCCUGAAGACGGGCAGCGGCGGGGCGCCAGGAGGCGUCAACAAUUCACAGAAAGACAUCAAGCGCAUAGACAAAAUCGUGGAGAAUCUGAGGACGAGCAGCAGCAGCAGUAAGUCGCCCAUGGAGUGCGGUGCUCCGAGCUCGAUUGUGGCCACGUCACCAGUGACACUGGCGCCACAGGCCAUGUCCCACUUCUCGCCCCAGCUGCCCGUGGUGAAGACGUCGCCCAGCUACAGCAACUCCCUGAAUCCCGCCGGCCAUCUGUACAGCGGCGCCAAGCUGCCGAGCUAUAGUGCCGCUGCCACGCCCACAACGGCACAGCAAGCCGCCCAGUCGCACCUGGCCAGUCCGCCCUACAUAACGCCCGAGGAUCACGUCAAGCUCCAGCAGCACAUCGAGCAGUACGCGGCCUGCCAGCGCGAGGCGGCGGCUGCUGCUGCGGCCGGCCAAUUGAUCAGCACCAAGUCGGAGCCGAAUCUGCUGUCGCUGAGCGCCGAGAAGAUGGUGACGCCCAGCAAGCCGCCAUCCAACUCCAAGCUCUAUGCCACCUGCUUCAUCUGCCACAAGCAGCUGAGCAAUCAAUACAAUCUGCGAGUGCAUCUGGAGACCCAUCAGAAUGUGCGCUAUGCCUGCAAUGUCUGCUCCCAUGUGUCGCGCAGCAAGGAUGCCUUGCGCAAGCACGUCAGCUAUCGGCAUCCGGGCGCGCCGUCGCCCUGCGAGAACGAGGCGCGGCGCAAGCGCGUCACCAAGCUGGCAGCUCAAUCGAUCUCCGCCAGCGCACCGACGGCGACAGCAACCAGCGGCGACAUGGCUGCGGGCGAGGUGCCCAGCACAGGCUCCGGCUCCGGCUCUGCGCCUGGCUCCGGCUCUGGUCCGGGCUCGCUCUCCGGCAAUCCGUAUCUCUUUCUACCCAAUCAGUUUCAGCUGGCCGCUGCAGCAGCUGCCGUAGCCGUGGCCGAGUCGAAUACGGAUGUGGCGCACGAGGGGCCCGUGUCCUUGAAGAGUGUAACUCCUGUCGCUCGCAAUGGGGAGGCAGGCAGCGAGACGGACACGACAACCAUCUGAAGCAGCGCACAUAUAUGCUUCCUCACACACACACGCAUGCACACACACGCACAUACACACGCUCACAAACACGCUCUCACUUGAAAUUAACCCCACCAUCUUAGACCCGGCUGUGAUACUUAGCACAAUUCGUCGAUUUAAUUUGAAUUUAUUCUCUCGUUAAUUUUAGCGCCAUUUGUUAGAGUUUCGCUUGCACUUAUCGAUAGGCGAGUACGCUUCGAUAGGUCUGCAAGUGGUGGCAUCACUGUCACAGUUUGAGGGUGACACGCGCUAACAGUUUGGGCAGCACUGAGUGCAGGCAUUCAAAACUGUUUGCGCGAGAUCAGAAACUGUAAUAUCGCGAGGCUUUCGUUUUACCUUCUACAAAGACCAAACACACACACACACACGGACACACAUACACACGCCUACACAUUCUAAUAAAUUAAGAGCACUUUUUAUAAAUAUUAUAAUUAUAUAUACCAAGAAAACACGCACACACACAUGCACACAAAAAGACAAGGUGAAGACCUACAAAAAACCAACAAGCAAAAUAAAUUUUAAGCCACAAAAAAUACACAAUAUGUUGAUGUACUCUUAUUUUCAUGCAAAAACUAGUUUAUUUCAUUUCAUAAUACAAUAAUUUACGUACGCUGGCGCACUUUAUACAUAUGUUUAAACUGUAUUUCAGUUGUAUAAGUAUCAAAAAAUUUGUUUAAAACACAUACAAGCAUAAUGAAGUGGGUUUGGGUUUAAAUAUUCCAGUGUUGCGAACAGAAAAGCUUUAUCAAUGAUAUGAUUAGCUGGCAAACUUUUGAGCUUAAAAUUAGAGGACUAAAUGAGUGCAUUAUAUAAAUAUCUAAAUGUAAAAAAAACAUGCACUUAUAUGAAAUGAAGCUGAUAUCGAAGACGAUGC